CGCGAGCAGAGGACUGCCUGCAGGGGGAGGAGUUUUGCGGGCGUUGGGUGGGGCCAGCCCCAGCCCUCCCUUCCACCCACCUGUGUCUGCUGUAGUCCGGACCUCUCGACGGCGAAAACAGCAGCAGCAGCAGCAGCAGAAGCCCACGCGAAGGGCUUUCGUGGAGAGCCUGUCAAGUUCAGCCCGCUGCAGCCAGCCUUCCUGGCCAUGGAGCCCCCUGCCUUAGCCAGUGGGGACCCUUCCGAGACCGCCCGCCUGGUGGGCAGCCAAAGCAGCCGCAGCUCCAGUGGUCUUCGCCUGAAGAGUUUGUUUGCAGGUUCUCAAGAGGUCUUUCCCAACCUGCCCUCAGAAAAUGGCCAAGCAAAUAUAUCCAUGGUGGGUCUCAAGAUAGAGCCGUGUAUGAUCCCCCAUUGUCACCUUGUGCCAUGCUUCACCAAUCAAAGUCAACAGAAACUUCAGGCUCAGCGGAAACUCAGCAUUGCUUGUCUGGUCUGCUUUCUCUUCAUGGUUGGAGAAGUUAUAGGUGGAUACAUGGCACAUAGCCUGGCCAUCAUGACAGAUGCAGCCCACCUGUUGACAGAUAUGGGCAGCAUGGGUGUCAGCCUCUUUUCACUCUGGGUCUCCACUCGCCCAGCCACCAAAACCAUGAGCUUUGGCUGGCACCGCUCAGAAACACUGGGUGCCUUGGCUUCCGUCAUCUCUAUCUGGAUCGUUACAGGAGUGCUGGUCUACUUAGCUUCAGCCCGUAUAAUUAGCAACGACUAUGAGAUUGAAGCUUCUGUGAUGCUGGGCACUUCAGCCUGUGCAGUGGGAGUGAACAUCAUCAUGGCCUACCUUCUGCAUCAGUCAGGCUCUGCACACAGUCAUGGAUUCAGCACAAGAGGCUAUGAACAGAUUGAGGACAGCCCCCAUGGCCCCUCCAUUCCCACCCAUGGCAACACCAGUGUCCGAGCGGCUUUUGUACAUGUGGUGGGGGACCUACUUCAAAGCAUUGGGGUCUUUGUGGCUGCCACUGUCAUCUAUUUCAAGCCCCAAUGUAAGAUUGCUGACCCAGUAAGUACUUUCCUCUUCUCAGUCUUUGUGUUGGGCUCCACCUUAACCAUCCUUCGUGAUGUCUUUCGAGUACUCAUGGAAGGGAGACCACGAGGUGUGGAGUUCCAAGCAGUUAAGGAAACCCUGCUCUCUGUCAAAGGUGUGAAGCAUGUCCAUAAUCUGCAUCUUUGGGCUUUAACUCUCAGCCAUCAUGUUGUGGCUGUACACAUAGCCAUUGAAUCCAAUGCUGACAUGGAGGUUGUGCUACAAGAAGCCACAGCUCUGCUACAAAGCAAGUUUGGCUUCUUCUCAUGCACCAUUCAGGUGGAGCCCUACCUGGCUGACAUGGCCACCUGCCAGCAGUGCCAGGACCCACAGGACUAAGGGCAAUGCUCUCCUGUCUACUUUUCUCUUCAACUGCCAGUCCCAAGAGGUGCCUGGAAACCCAGGGCCAGAAGCAGGGACCAGCCUCUUUUGCCAUUUGCAGCAAAAGCCUCCUCUCCAUGCAUGUUCAAGCAGCGUAUACAGGGAAUGGCAAAGCACCAGGGAUAAUUGUCUGCCCAGCCAGGGAAGCCUCCAAUGGAAGAGUUGCAGGUGGUUGAGCUUCAUUCCAGGCUCAGCCUUGCCUCUUCAUAUUACAUUCCAGUCAUUUGGGGGCCACAAUUGCUUCUCACGUUCAUUUGCUAAACGUAUUAAUGUACAAAUCCAUCAGAAAUGGGGACAUGGGGGCAAGGCUUUUAAACAUCUGCAACAUUGUCCUCUUUUCUCUGAGAUGAAAAGCAGUUAUUUUUUUUCAAUCUGGAUGGCUUGGUGCUUGUUCAGGGCUUUUAUUGUGACCAUCUGUGUUUGCAUGUGUUGUGGAAGUAACAAUUUUUUUCCAUAAUGAACAUGAAUGUUUAAAGCAAGUGUGGGGCAACAUUAUUCCACUCUAUCUUCUAUUGUGACUAAUACUGCAAAAGUAGAACAAAGGAGCAACAAAAUUAGCCACAAAAAAUGUCUUGUCUCAAUGAUCUCACCACCCCCACCCCAGCUGAAGUUAUCUUUAUUCCUUUUCCUGGAGAAAAAUGGACAUUUGCAUAGCUUUGCUAUCUAAACCAGGCUUUAAUGAGUCAGUUUUCAUGUGAGUCAGUCUCAGCUCCUGGUGAUUCCAUGGAUCCAUCUGUGUCAUUUUUUUAGCCAUAAUAUAGAAAUGUCUGUCCUUGUCUUCUUUCAGCAUGUUUUUUUCACGUUCUCUACUCUGGUAUUCCCUGGAGGCUUCUCAUCUAAAUAACGACCAGUCCUGACCUCCAAACUUAUGCACAUAUAGACACUACAUGCUAUGAUCGCCAGGAUGCUGUAUUCGUUUACAGGUUAUGGUGACCCAAGCCUCACUUGGAAGAGCAAAAGUGUAGAUUCUCAAACUAUUCUAUUGCACUGUUCUUUUAUUGAUCUGAACAAGAAAAACAGGAAUUAAGUGCGGACUCAUAACUUGGAUAUAAUGUUGUAUAUAUAAUAAUAUAAAUACCAAAUGAAAGGAUGCCUGAAGAACCACUUGACUUAGAACUUAGCUCCAACACUGGAAGUUUUUAAGAAGAGACUGGACAGCCAUUUGUCCAAAAUGGUAUAGGGCAGUGGUUCUCAACCUUUCUAAUGCCGCGACCCCAUAAUACAGUUC